AUGACUUCAAAUGAUAUAAUAAAUGAACCAAAUGAUAAUGAUACAUCCUCAAAAAUAAAAGAAAAUAAAAAUGAAGAAACCGGGAAAAAAGUAAUAGACAAUAUUUCUCUCGAAAAUGAAAGUGACAACAAUUGUGAAAACAGAGAAAAACGAGAACGAAGUUUAUCUAACAGUUCUUAUAGGCGUGGAAAAAAAAAAAUGUGUUGUUGCCAUGAAAAAAGCAUGUCAAAAUGCUCUAACAAAAAUGAUAAAAGUAGUUCAUCCUCUAGGAGCAAAAAUACGGAUACUCUAAGUACUGCUUCAACAGGAAUUAUUGAAUAUGGAAGUAGCUCAAAAACUAUAAAUGAACCAUUUAAAUUUUUCAUUGGAGGAAUUCCACAAAAUAUUACAAAUAAAUAUAUAACCGAAUAUUUUGAAAAAUAUGGACCUGUGCAAAAUGUAGUUAUCGCACAAGAUCACGAGACAAAAAGGAACAGAGGGUUUGCCUUUGUAACCAUGUCAUCUCAUAUAAAUAAAGAUCAAAUAUUAAUGGAUUCUCAUGAAUUGAAUGGGAAACGAGUGGAUGUUCGUGAGGAACACAAUACAACACCCUCAGAUAUUCAAAGAAAAAUAUUUGUAGGCGGAUUAAGCUACUAUUGGACUAAAGAUACUUUAGAAAGGCAUAAACAAUUAAAAAAUAAAAUAAAUAUAUAUAUAAUAGAAUAUUAUGCGAUUAUGCAGAUAUUUGUAUGUAUGAGAACUUAUUUUUCGGCAUUUGGAGAAAUAGAUAUAGUACAAAUUGUUGUAGAUUCUAGUGGUAGAUCUCGAUGUUUUGGUUUUGUAGUUUUCACAAAUGAAUCAUCAGUUGCAAAAGUUCUCAAGCACAAAAGGCAUAAAAUUUAUGAUAAAAUGGUUGAAGUUAGAAAAGCCGAACCUAAGAAGCCAAAAAUGUCUAUAAAACGACAAAAUAAUAAAAGUCAUUCAAAAUAUUCCCACCUUCCUCCUUUUAUGGGCCCUUUCCCUUAUAACAAAGAAAGUAUGAGUCAGUGGGCAAAUUUUAUGUACAAUGCAUGUGGAGUACCCUUUUUAUUUAACCAAAGGUUUCAAAACGUUCCAGAUUUUUAUUCCAACUAUAAUUAUUAUCCAAAUUCGAUUGAAAAUAUGCAACAACCGGAUUAUAACAAUUAA